AUGACUCGUCUAUGGCUUCUCCGUUUCGUUUUUGUCCUUAGUAUUAUUAUGAUGAUGAGUAACACAGCCUUGUCCGAUAGAGGAAACGUGUGGAUCAGAAACUCCCUUCCUAACCAAAAGGAUCUUAUUGUCCAUUGCAAAUCCGCGGACCAAGAUAUGGGAUACCAUAGGGUGCAUUCCAGAAGAUCUUACAAUUUGCUUUACAAACUUCGCUAUGAAGAAUAUUUCUAUAGGCUUUACGAAAACAAUGGUAUAUGGUGUCAUGUAUGGCAAGGACAUGAUUUCAUGCAUCACCAAGUGUUUGAUGUUCGCUAUGGCGAGCAAUGGGAAGCUAGAGAAGAUGGAAUCUAUCGUCAGUCUGCGUUAGUGUACGCUUGGGAUGCUACUAUAUCAAAAGCUUAUUCGUUGGGAUCGAGUUGUUGUUUCCUUUUAUGCUUGUUAAAAAAAGUAAAAGGUCCCAUGUAUGACACAGCAUUUGCAGGUGUCAUCUAUGACGAGGACUUAAUAUCAAGCAUGACCAUGUGUUUGGUUUUUACUCUGGAAACGUAUGGGAAAGCUAGAGUUUUGUUCAAUCUCGGUGAGUCCAAGAUGGUGGUGUGA